AUGUUUCUCAACAAUAACAUGGUUGACGAUGCGCGAACUGUGCAACUGUUGGAAGAAAUUGAUGUGCAACUGGAGCGAUGGGGGAAAAAGUAUGGUCUGGAUCCCAGUAAUGAGAAACAGAAAAGGAUACCAACCGCAGGCGGAGGAGAUAUCAAACCGUCCGCUUCUUCCCAACGCAGUCAUGACGUCCCUAACGUGAAGUUUGUGAAUGACAGAACGAACUCAAAAGUUGGAAUCGUUGAAACUGCGGCUGUUGCAGCACCUCAGGGGUUUGAUCCCUCCGCUUUGUUCGACCGCAUUGACAUGCUGGAAAAGAAGUUGAAGGUGGCGGAAGAGGAACGUAUGAUUCUCUCAGAGCGACUGUUUGCUGCAGAGCGUAUUGUGGUGGAAGUUGUUAAUGCGCAAAAGGGUCUGCAAGAUGAAUGGGCUGCGCUUAGCACACAAAGUUUUUCCAUAUCGCAUCUGGAUGACGACCGGAGGACAAUUGUAGACUCCGGUAAAACGAGUAAAAGGGAUUGUGCUUUCACUUCAUACACCACACAGAGCCGACAAAGCACACAAAGUGGUAACAGCAGUGUUGCCGGUCUGUCCGCCUUUGUAUCGCCUGCAAAGGAGGAUACGUCACGUUCAUGUUUGCAGUCACCUGUAAGGAACGCGGGGUCAAGUGGCUCUGUUUUGGGAGGGGAAGAGGAAGAAGAUGUGGUUGGCGCAACGGAGCGGCGCCUUUUUGCACUGGAUGACUUGGCGCAGAGGCUCGCUGUUUAG